CCGUGGGUUACGUCCAGCAGGACAAACCUCCAUCCUCCGUUUGCACCGAAUGCUUGUUCCACACAAAGUAACAUUUAUAGUUUCGUUGAACGAUGUUUCGUUGUCAAUACUAAACCCCCAGCUUAACCCACAGGAACACGUGGUGACAGUUUGUUUGGUUCAUAUCCCACAAAAUGUCCCUUUUAAUAGAAAUGAUCUGGAGAUUUAUCCAAAUUGCAACUAAGGUAAUGACGAACGGAACAUUAGGACGACCGGUCCUUUAGCUUCCAGAAAACGGGGUUUCAGCCUUCGGGUUCGAGCAGUUUAGGAAGUUGAGCGUGGCACGAAGGGAGGAGGAGCUAAUGGGUCCGAACCUGCCAGUCGCGGCCACGCGUCCUGUCCGAGGAAGGGGCCGGGCUCCAGGUGAGCCCCCGCUCACACGACGACGGGACCAGGCGUCGGCUCCGUCCAAGCGUCAGGCUCUGCUCAUCCUCACCCCCAGCGCGUGUCUGAGGAUGAAGGCCGUGCUGCCAUGACGGGGCUCGGUGCUGCCGCCCGAGGCCUCCCCGCGGCCGUGGCGUCCAUGGCCCGCGCCGCCGGCUCGGACGCGCGCUUUCAGCCCAGAUGGCGGGCGAUCAGCGCGGUGACGCUGCUGGCCUUGGUGCUGGUGCUGUACCUGCACCGCACAGCGGGGGACGCGGAGCCCCCUGCCGGGGCUUCCCGCCGCGGCCGGGGCUCGAACCCGCACGCGCCCGGCGAGCACGCGGCCCGUUUCGGGGACGCCCGCGGACGCGCUGCGCUUUACAACGACACGUACCCGCUGACGGCGCCGGAGAAGACGCGGCGCGGCCUGCGCUACCGCAUCGGCGUGAUCGCAGACCUGGACACGGCGUCGCGCAGCUCCAAGGAGCAGACGUGGUUCAGCUACAUGAAAAAGGGCCACGUGACCGUUUCGGACAGCGCCGACAGGCUGGAGGUGGAGUGGGACUCGGACGCGGUCACGCUGGAGAGUCAUCUGGCUGAGAAAGGCCGAGGGAUGGAGCUGUCUGAGCUGGUGGUGUUCAACGGUCACCUGUACAGUGUGGACGACCGCACCGGCGUGGUGUACAGGAUCCAAGGGAACCAGGCUGUGCCCUGGGUCAUAUUACCCGACGGCGACGGCUCCGUUUCUAAAGGGUUCAAGGCCGAGUGGCUGGCCGUGAAGGACGAGCAGCUGUACGUCGGCGGCCUGGGGAAGGAGUGGACCACAACCUCCGGAGAAGUCGUCAACAACAACCCAGAGUGGGUGAAGGUCGUCGGUCGCCAUGGCGACGUGAAGCACGAGAACUGGGUGGCGCACUACAACGGCCUGCGUGCGGCGGCCGGCAUCCAGCCACCAGGCUACCUCAUCCACGAGUCGGCCGCGUGGAGCGAGCGCCUGCAGCGCUGGUUCUUCCUGCCCCGCCGCGCCAGCCGCGAGCGCUACGAGGAGGCGGCGGACGAGCGGCGCGCCACCAACCUCCUGCUGUGCUGCCCGGACGACUUCAGCCACGUGAAGGUGCGCCGCGUGGGGCCCCUGGAGCCCACCCACGGCUUCUCCUCCUUCAAGUUCGUGCCCGACACCGACGACCAGGUCGUUCUGGCCCUGAAGACAGAGGAGGACGCGGGCAGAGUCGCCACCUACAUCAUCGCCUUUACGCUCGAUGGUCGGGUGCUGAUGCCUGAAACCAAAAUUGGGGAUGUGAAGUACGAAGGGCUGGAGUUUAUUUAAACACUGACGAUGCUGAAGGUGCACAAGCUCCUUAAGCGGACCUCCAUGAUCCAGCGGAUUAGGACACAAUCUACACUGUUGACCAGACUUCUUUGUACUUCAUUACCAUGUCACUACUGUGCAAUAAUACUAUAUGACCAAAUUUAUACAUUUCAUAAUUUAAUUUUGUGUGUGUGUGUUUUCAUGCUAUAACAAUUUCACACCAGUGGAAUAAUGUCGACUCCUUGAGUUUAUUUUGCAUCCAGUCAACCUUUUGUCCGUCAGCACCAGAUUCAGGCGAGUGUCCUUUCCUGCAGCCAAACUGUGCUGGUUACACACUCAGGGGAACAAGGUGAAGCAGCACAAAGAACAGGAAAGAAUGCCUUUAAAUUAAGUAAGGAGAUUUUUAUUUAACAUGUUACACUGAACUUUAUGAUUCCAUUUGAAAUAAUGUGACGUCAUUGUCACAGUCUGCUCUGUAAACUACAGUUUUAUUUUAGGCAGGUCAGACUCAGAUGAAAAAUAUAACCUUAAUCAGCUGUUUAACAGUUUAAAAAAAAUCUAUUUUGCAUCUUUGUGAACAAAACUAAUUAAAACCAAACCCCUUGUUUAAA